AUGCGCGGGUAUUUGAUUUGUCCAUUUACAAUGUUCACAUCUAGCGAUAACGGGCAAAAUUAUAAUCAUCGAAAACGCCAUGUUUUAUUUCUUCUGGGGCAAAAUAGCAACCAAGCAAGCUGUCACUUAAGAUUACUAAUAUUCCUACUGAUUAGUAUAGUGAUAUUAAUGAUGGCAUUAUUAAUUACCAUUAAUAUUAAACGUUUGGUUGACAUUAAGUCAGGUCAUUUAAACUCAAAAAAUGGAGCAAAUUUUGAUAGUUUUUAA